ACGUCUUCAGCGGUGGACAGAGACCGCCAGACCUCAACCCUGGCGAGUCGUUCAGCUUCUUCACGCCCUCCUCAGAAAGCCAGCAGCAAGAUGCCGGCGCCCAAACAGAGAAAGAUGGCCAUCGUGGGCAGCAGAGCUGUCGGCAAGUCGAGUCUCACGGUGCAAUUCGUCGACGGCCACUUUGUCGACAGCUACUAUCCGACCAUUGAGAAUACCUUUAGCAAGAUUAUUCGAUACAAGAACCAGGAUUUCGCGACGGAGAUUAUUGAUACUGCUGGACAGGAUGAGUACAGCAUCCUCAACUCGAAACACUUCAUUGGCAUUCAUGGCUACAUGAUUGUGUACUCGGUUGCUAGCAAGCAGAGCUUCGAAAUGGCACGCAUUAUCCGCGACAAGAUCCUGAAUCACCUCGCUGUUGAAUGGGUCCCUCUCGUAAUCGUAGGCAACAAAUCCGACCUCCGUCCCGAACAACGCCAAGUCACCCCCGAAGACGGCCGCGCCCUCGCCGCAGAGUUCAAGUGUGCCUGGACCGAGGCGUCGGCACGAUACAAUGAGAAUGUGCAGAAAGCAUUUGAGCUCAUGGUCGCAGAGGUGGAGAGAAGCCAGAAUCCUGGUGAGCCCGCUGCUGGCGGCAAGUGUAUAGUCAUGUGAGAGAUGAUGACUGACAUGAGUUGUGUCUGUGAGGUGUACCGGUGGAGCAGUUGGAGCAGCUCAGGCUCGAGCGUGAACGGAAAGAAGAGAGGCGCAUGCGGAGGAGGAGAUGCUGUUUUCUGGGUGCUUUGAUGCCCAAGGACCUUUGAUAAUUCAUGGGCUAGACGGCAUAGACGGUGGUUGAUUUGGGCACACUACAGGAUUUCUACUGGCUUGGUACCACUAUCGAGGCAUAAUGGCGUAAUGGUGUUUGAGCAGAGGCGUAAAGGGUGUUAUCAGGUACUUUGUUUGAGCAUGCUGUCAUGAUUCUUUUACGGCCUUCGUUUGCUUUUAUCGAUAGACGGAAUACAUUCAAAGCAAAGG